AGGAGCGGGUGCUGGGGUCCCCGCUGUCCUCGACCCCGCGGACAAGUUGAGGUCCCUGCUCGGAAAAGGAAGGACCUGGGGGCGUCCGCGCUCGGGAGAAGGGGGUGGCCGGAGCGGAGCGCCUCGGGUCCUUCCGGGAGAGUCCGGUACCGGUCGCCGCGCUCCUCGCGCUUUUCCCCCUCGGCGCCUCAGCCAUUUUGAGCACCCGAGAGAAGUUAGCGUCGGAAACUGCAGCCUCGACCCAAGUGGUUCGGGCGCAAAUGACUUGGACUGUAUUUUAAUGAUGCUUAAGAGUUUUAAAAGAACAUGCGAAGGGGGAAAAUGUGCGGGUUUCAAGUUCUGUCGGUGGUUUUCAUUUUUACGUAGCUUCGGCAGCAGCAGGUGGCUCUGAGAAGGCAGCAGGCGCAGGAGGAGGAACUGGGUAUCAGCCACCCCAUUCCACUGCCCAGUGCUACCGAGCUGCUUGUCAAGAGAGAGAACGCUGGUGGCAACCCAUGCCUCAUGAUGGAGAGCAGCGGCGCCUCUCAGCCUGUGCCGGCCAGUGUCCCUACUACUGUGGCCUCAGGUGAUCUGAACUCUAAGCCUAGGAGUGCCUCAGUCCCCCCCACAGCUAUUUUGGCAUGGGGGAUUGAACUCAGGACCUCGUGCUUGCCAGGCCGGUGCAGUGCCCCUGAGCUACAUCCGCAGCCCCGAGGAGUGCUUCAGUCUUACCAUGAAGAGGGACGUAUGGUCAUCCAGGAUGUUCCUGUUGCAACCAGCAGAGGGCACGUGGAGAACGCACCUGAUCUGGUUGCAGACUCCACCUACUACAGCAGCUUUUACCAGCCGCCUCUGUUUCCUUACUACAAUAAUCUGUACAACUACCCGCAGUAUUCCAUGGCCUUGGCUGCUGAGUCCUCUGCUGGGGAUGUGGGAAGUACCCUUGGGGGAUCCCCUGUGAAGAACAGUCUUCGGAGCCUUCCAGGGCCUUAUGUGCCUGGCCAGACCGGAAACCAAUGGCAGCAGAUGAAAACCUCGGAGAGCCGCCAUACAGUGAGUUCCCAGUACAGGAUGCAUUCUUACUAUGGGCCUCCCUCCUACCUGGGUCAGAGCAUGUCCCAGAUCUUCACUUUUGAGGACAUCCCAUCUUACUCGGAGCACAAAACUCCUGCAUCCGGUUCCUUAAAGCUCUACCCACUGGAGGAGAAACUCGAAACAAGCGAAGUCAGACCUGUGAGUGGGAUGGGUCGUGCGUACUCGUACAUAUGCGCAGAACGUGUGUUCACAAACGGGAGUGCCAGGCGUCAUUUGGUUGCACAGCCCUACUCAGCCUUGCAGAUGACCCGUGAUCUGGCAUGGAGAAACGACAGCGUUCCUGCCUCCAAGGCCCAGGAUAAAAGCAGCCUCGGGCUCCCUGCCUCCAGAUCAGCCCCGGAAGGAGAGCGCUCAGGGGCAGCCCAGCCUCACCCCGGCGGUCCUCGGGUCCCCGCCCCGCGUGUCCCACCGCCUUCGAAAGCGCACAGUUGCCGCCGCCGCGGGAAGGCAGCGCAGAGGGCUCGGAGGAGGGGCCCGUGA